GGCAGUGGCACAAGCUUUGGCGAUACUUUGAAGGCAGUGGCACAAGCUUUGGCGAUACUUUGAAGGCAGUGGCACAAGCUUUGGCGAUACUUUGAAGGUCAUGCCUCCCAAGAAAAAACUUCGUUACCAAAACGCUUGGGAACGCUUUGUGGAAGCCCAGUCGACGUUGCAGAUGCCGUCCAUUUUGAAAUACGAGGCUAUGCAGGAAUUACCUCAGACUUUGCUGUCAAGAGUACCCUGCACAGAUGCCGGACGAUGGUUCUUUUUGUGCUCAGAUGCAGCUACUGACGAGGUCUUGGAAGCUAUGGCCGUGUAUGUUGUGGCGCGAGAAGCCAUCAGGAAUUACGGGCAUGAGCGUUGUGAGCCAGUCUUCACGAAGCUCAAGGAGACAUAUCAAGGAACUACGUGGGCACGUGUGCUGACUGCCCCGGCCUUGCUGGGCCAUGUCCGACAACUUCGGCUUACCAAUGUCAACAAUUUUUGGGACAGGGGCUCCUUUCGUAUGAGAUUUAUCGCUGCAGCUCUGUUGCACGUUGCAGUCCGAGAUCCUCAGGCCCCAUUGUAUGGGGGAGCCCUCAGUCUGGCUACGAUGUUCUCCGUGAUCACCGGGGGCCCUGCCAUGUGCACUUGGUUUCAACAACAAUUGCAAGCUCUUGGGCCUUCUACCUCACCAGCUUGGUGCAAACAAAUGUUCGAGAAAACUGACGAUCCGAUGGUUUGGGGAAAGACAGCUGGUCGCCCUCGAAAUUUUGCUCAGGCUGCAGAUCAUAUACCUGACCACGAUACUGAUGAUGCUCAAGCAGAGCAGCUUCAUUUGCAGGCUGAAGCUGCAGACCAUUCAGAUGAUGACGAUGCUACUCCUUCGACUUUGGUUUUGGCGAAACAUUGUCCGAGAGCAAUGUGGGAUGAGAUUUAUGCUUGGGGUUGCAAAGCUUUCGACUAUGCAGAAACUGUUGCUUGGGGGCAUUGCACACAUGGCGGCUUUCGUCCCUUCAAUCCUCUUGGUGUUGCCACAGCACGCAAAGCUUGGAAGGACGCGCAUCAAAAUGCCAGGAGGAAGUGGUGCCGCGGAAAUUUUCACCACGCGACGAUCCUCUUUCCACUUGACGGCUUGGGUACAAAGGUGCUGGGCGACCGCAUUGCUGAACUACUUGAACUCAAUCAGAUGAUGACCCCGGAGACUUUUGUGUCCCGCUUUUUCCCGGUUCUAAUUGUCCCAAGAGUUGGCGGUACGGCGAAGAUGAUCAGCUGCCUCCACCAUCGCAGCAUGAUUCUGGGCAGUGAUUUGGCGCCGGUGAAGCAUCCAGUGCAAUAUGUGCACGCAAUUGAACGGAAAUUGACAAAGCAUUACCGCAAAGUUGCACGAGCCGUUCGAGAGACCGAGGUUCCUUUGAGUUGGCCGGUGGUAGAGAACGUCUUAUGCUGCUUUUCGAAAGUUUGGGAGCGCAACCUCGAUGUUGGAUCACAUGCCACAUAUUGAAUC